CACGCGACCAAUACGUUUCCUAGCUGCGCGCGCGCCGGUCGCGUCGUCACUGGUCGUUUUUGAAACCAAUUUGAAAAGAAGAAAAAAAAAUGAAAACGAAAUCGCUCACGUUUUCAAAUUUGGAAGACGAGGCGGGGGAAGCCCUAGAUCGCAUGUUCAAGAAAAAAGAUUGUAUGAUCCUGGUGGAGCCUAGUGGUGCGAUCCUGCCAGCUGAGUUUAGGCAAAUUGGUGAGGACAUAUUGGGAGUGGAGGUCCGGGAGGAUGACGUGUGGAUGUGCUCGUAUCCUAGAACUGGUUCAACAUGGGCUCAAGAAAUGGUCUGGCUGGUUGGUCACGAUUUGGACUACGAAGGCGCUAAAUCAAUACAACAAAUCCGAUGUCCGCUGGUGGAGCUAUCCUGCAUCAUGGUGGACGGCAACCUGCAGUGGGUCAACGAGUCCAUGAAGGGCACCUCUGUGGACCUGGUCAAACACCGGCUCCCCCACCCUCGUUAUGUUCGAAGUCAUCUGCCCUUCCCGCUGCUGCCUAAUGAUAUUGAGAGGGAGGAUGGCUCGUUGAAGGCUAAGGUCAUCUACACGUCGCGCAACCCCAAAGACAUGGUGGUGUCGUACUACCACUACUGCAGCCUGGUGCACGGCCUGACGAGCACCUUCGAAGAGUUCUGCGAACUGUUCAUGAAGGACCGAGCGCCCAUCGGGCCAGUCUGGAGCCAUAUUUUUGGUUUCUGGUCCAGGCGCCAUGACCCAAACCUCCUGUUCAUCAAAUUUGAAGAGAUGAAGCGAGACUUGCCAGCGGUCAUCAGGAAGACGGCCAAGUUCCUUGGGAAGACCAUAACCGACGAUCAGGUCAACACGCUCUCCGAACACCUGUCCUUCCAAAGUAUGAAGAAGAACAGAGCUGUUAACCUGGAGACAUUGCUUGAGAGGUCUUUUGGGAAGGAAUACUUGGAGCAAACAGAACUCAGGUUCAUCAGGAAAGGAGAAAUCGGGGACUGGAAGAACUACAUGUCCGACGAUUUGUCCCGAAGAUUUGACGAGUGGGCCGCCCAACACAUCCAAGGGACCGGAUUGAGUUUCGACUAAGUUACGGUUACGGUUAUGGUGCUUAGAAAUACAACUGCGAAGUAUUAUUUCUGUAUAAUACAGUUUUCUGUAAUUUUAUGGUGAAAUAAAUGAGUUUUAAUUUA